UAUCACCUUCAUUUUUCGGAAAUGGAUAAAGUCAGAAAUAUGUAAACAAACAAAAAUCCAUUUCAAGUUUAUUUGGUAACGGUUUGUUGUAAAGAGCUGGCUUCGAUGAGUGGAAGUAGCGAAGAUGCUUUCUGAUGAAACGGACCACAUCACUUCCUGUAUUGUUUCGAAACCUAGAAUAGCCAGGCAAAGAUGGAGUUUAUUGGCACAGAUUAUUAGCAAUGGUGAUCGAAGGAAAGAUAUUUGUAAAAAUGUGAUUUCCAUUCGAAGAUUUGAGAGUUUUGGUUUGUUUCGUGUUGAUGUUAUAUCUGAAGAAGAGGAGUGUAAAUGGUGGGAAUAUAAAACAGAUUUAAUCAACAACUUUACCCUCAUUGUCAGACAAUUAUGUGGAUGUUUAAGAGCUGAUAAAUUACAAGGUUUUAAUAACACAGGCAAUGUUUGUAUUUGGCCAGCAGAAGAAAUAAUGUCUUAUUACUGUUUGUUAAAUGCAGCAUACUUUCGAAAUAAAUCAGUGAUAGAAAUUGGUGGUGGUAUGACUUGUCUGGCAGGCUUUUCAAUAGCAGUGGGCACCGAGGCAGAACAGGUUCAAAUCACUGAUGGAAAUGAAGACUCUGUUAAAAAUCUGGAGAUUAUGAGAAAGAGAAAUAAAGAAAAUUAUGGCCAAACCCAAGUUGAAUCAAGUUUAUUUCGUUGGGGAUCAGAUAAAUUAGAGGGAAAUCUUCAAGAAAAUUUUGAUGUUGUUUUAUGUUCUGAUUGUUUGUUUUUUGAAGAGGGUAGAAAAGAUCUAAUCAAAUCAAUGUAUAAUUUAUUAAAACCUCAGGGGGAGGUGAUAGUAUUUGCACCAAGAAGAGGAGAAACGUUUAAUAAUUUCAUGCAGCUAGCUCAGGAAAAAUUCCACACAGAAAUCAAAACCAAUUACAAUGCAACAAUCUGGAAAUUACAUUCAAAGUUCAAGGAAGAUAGUUUAUACGAUGAAAAUAUCCAUUACCCAAUUUUACUUAAGAUGAAGAAGAAAUAUACUUAGUUUAUAUAUAUUUAACAACAAUCCACCUAUAUAGAGAAUAUAUUUAUAUUUACAUAUUAUAUUAAUUAAUUAAUCAUAUUUCUACAUUUAUCAUGUUUAUAACGGUGAACUUUGUAACCCAUUCCGAUAGAAUAAGUAUAUUCUACUACCCCCCCCCCUAUGGCAUGAAUAGUAUGACCAGGGCUGAAAUACUGAUGUCCUCUGUUGUGUUUAUAUUAUUAAGGCACAUAAAAGAUUUCUUAACAGUUACCGGUAGAAAAGGAGCCACUCCCUUAGCAAAAUCCUCCCCCUACAUUGCAUCAAUAGAUAAAUGACUAUAUGAUAUAUUUGUCACAAAACAACUUCAAGUUAAUAUUUGUUUGAUUGUCUAUGAGUAGGUGCCUCUGAAAAAAAUUAAUUGAUUUCAAAUUGGUAGCUACCUAUCCAAAUGCCCUAAUAGGUAGAUGGUUUGAUUGGCUACCGAGAGCCCUGUGGAAGUCAACAAUGGGGAAAAAUAAAUUCCAUGACAUUUAUACCAGAAACUGUGUGUUAUCCACACUGCUUAUGAGCUUCCAAACUUUAUUUAUCGCUCAGAAAAGAGAAUUGGAAAUCUGAUUUUAAGGAUUGUAUGAUUCCAUUAAGAGUUAGUUCCCAUGCCAAUCCGUUAUAUUCCACAAGUACCAAAAGUUAAGAAAAUUCCAUUAAUUUGUUCUAUGUUUAUUUUGUCACAUAGAAAUUAGUUCGAUUCCACUUUUGCCAAACUCCCCAAUUAUAAUUUAGCAUUCCCGUCUUUUUAAAUCAAUUUACUUGUAUUUAAAUUUAAUAUUAUUUUAUCUCUUAAAUGUUGAUCUGAAUUCAAUUCAUGAAGAAACUAUGUUAAAGAAGAUUUGUAGCCACUUCAUGUGUUAGUAUUUUAUGCAUUAUUUAAUAUUAAAUUAUGUUCAAAAAUGUGCAACCAAAAAUACAAAUGCUUUCAACUUUAAUUCACAAAUUAUGAUGCCAUCUGUACAUCAUAGGCUUUGUUUUAAUUUAAUUUGCCGAAUAAAAUCGAAAUGAUUUGUUUUUUCAUUAUGCAUAUUUAAACUAGUUUGAUAUUAUAUAUUGCAUAAAAUAUAAGCAGAUGACAAAUGACUGGAGACGUACUUCAAGGUUGAAAACAUUAUUAAUUCCUUAAUUUUAAUACUUAAUGGAAACAGCAUUUAUUGACUUAUACAUGCUCUAAACCAAUGAAAAUUAGGUGGUUUUGAAAUAUUAUUCUGUGAGUUUUCACAAAUAGGGCCCAGAUAUAUUUUGAGUUAAUUCACUUAAAAUUCCAGUUCUAGUAAUUUCCAUUUUAUUUGAUUAUGUCUAUAUAUUCCAGUUCCCAGUAAUUUCCAUUAUGUUUGAUUGUGUUAAUAUGUUCUACUGCGAAAGUAGUUUAUUGUUUAUUUUGUUUAUAUUAAUAUGUAUAUCUACGGGGUGUUCCCACUUAGCCGGCAGGCUUUGAUGUCAAAUUUUGCCGCUAAUCCAGAGUUAAUCCUAGAACAAUGGUGUUAUAAACUAUAGUCCAUAUCUUUUUUAAGACUAAAACUGUAUUGAUUUUAACAAAUUUAACUUUUAUUAAAUAACAUUAAAUAGCUUACACAUAUAAAAAUAUAUUGAUUUUAACAAAUUUAACAUUUAUUAAAUAACAUAAUUUACACAUAUAAAAAUGCAUUACAAUUUACACAUUUAACUUUUAUUAAAUAGCAUUAUAUAAUUUAUAAAUAAAUGCCUUACAACAUAACAAUCAUUUUACAGCCCCACUAAAUAGGAAAUAUUUGUUCCAUACCGAUUUACACUUAAAGAGCCAUUUAAUAACUGUGUUUUCAAAUAUUCAAUUCUUGUAUCAAGUUGUCGAUAUUUCUUAACUCGAGGCCUUUUGGUACCACCAAAUAAUAUCUGUGAAAUGGUGAUUUCGACAUAGGAUUGUUCUUGUUUUAUUAAGUUAAUGAACUUGUAAAUAUUAGGAUGGCAUGCUGUCAUUUUAUUCAACUUAGAAUGCCAAAAGUUCAAAAUGUCAUUAAUUAGUUGGUUAAUAAAUUUUAUUAAGAGCUCAUUAACGCUGAACACUAGUGAACAGUUCUUGAGUGACUACUUUUAAACAGACUAUAGUUUUAAGAUCAAUCAAAGGAUUAACAGUCUGCCGGCUAAGUGGGAACACACCAUAUCUACAUCUAGUACUUUCAUUCCUGGUUAUAUAGACAAACUAUAAUUAGGUAUUUUAUCAUUCCAAUACUCAAGUGUUUAUAAACUGUCAAUUAAAUUCAGUAGAAUUAUGCUGUUUUUCUAUCUAUAUAAGGGUAUGGUAAAAUGAAGCCUUUGACCCAUUCAUUAUUCCAUAAUAAACGGCAAAUAUAGACACUCAGAUUAUACACAUUGAAAAGGUGUCUUACCAAAAAGCAGCAUUAGCCCAAAAACAUUUAUCCAAAUCAAUCAAUCUCAAAAUCUCAAAGUAAGUUAUGGUCACUAUGUUUCACAUUCCUUUCCUUUAAUUUUAUUAUGCCAUCUUUAUUUCUUAGUAAUCAUUUUUCAACUUUUCAAGGAUAAUAGCAUCAAACCUACGUUUUUAUUUAAAGGUCCAUUUUGUCAAAAGAGAGUCAGUAAUUUAGAUGUAUUAAUUAGAUUUUUAUAGUCUAUAUAUUUUUGAAAUUUACAUUUCGAAGUUAUAAGGAAUAAUUUUAUUUCAUUAUAUGUAAUUUACGUUUUGAAGUUAUAAGGAUUAAUUUGAUUUAAAUUUAGUAAUGUAAUUUAUGUUUUGAAGUAAUAAGGAUUAAUUUGGGUUUAAAUUAAAUAUAAUUAUAUGUAGUUUCUGUUUUCAAGUUAUUUGGAUUAAUUUGAUUUAGUUAUAUGUAAUUUAUGUUUUGAAGUUAUACAGAUUAAUUUGAUUUCAUUAUGUAAUUUAUAACAAUUUAUUUCAUUUAAAUAUAAUUAUGUAAUUUAUGUUUUGAAGUUAAACAGAAUAAUUUGAUUAAAUAAUGUAAUUUAUAACAUUUAUUUGGAUUAAAAUAUGAUUAUGUAAUUUAUGUUUUGAAGUUAUAAUGAUUAAUUUGAUUUAAAUAUUAUUAUCAAGGCCAAGAUAGCAUCAUACCUACGUUUUUAUUUAAUGGUCCAUUUUGUCAAAAGAGAGUAAUUUAGAUGUAAUCAUUAGAUUUUUAUAGUCUAUAUAUUUUUGAAAUUUAUGUUUUGAAGUUAUAACGAUUUAUUUGAUUUAGUUAUAUGUAAUUUAUGUUGACUAAUUUGAUUUAAUUUACCUAAUUGUAAUGUUGUUAAUACUUCUUGUUUAUGUACAUUCACAAAAGUUUUGCUACAGACACAAUUUUGUUGUGUUUUGUGUCUAUUCGUUUUUUGUUCAAACAUUCCCUUAAAAUAUAAAUAAAUACACCAGUAGAUGUAUGAUAUAAUUCCAUUUUUAGCCAAUGUCAAACAAAAAAAAAACCCCAAACAAAUCCAAACACAAGCAUUUGCCCGAACAUACUCAAUAUUUUAUAAACAUUUGUGGAUAGACCUAUAUGCAUUGUCAUAAACUAACACUAGUUUCCACCAUGGGUCUCAGAUAGUACCAGUCUCUCCAACAUUGGGGAGUUGUUUUACCCUUAUGCUAAAUAAAAAACAACAAAAAAAAACAAGAACACAUUAUAACGAUGAGUGAGUGCAAGGGUUACAAAAUCGCUGAAUUCAAUGAAUGUAACUUGGCUGUUUGCAAUAUCUGGUUUGAUGUAUCCUACUUUUCGUUUUCCCAGAACCGGUUGGAAAGAUGAAAUACAAUGUGAAGAAACGUUAUCCAACGGUGGCAACUUCCAUUAAAUUGAGUUAAAAAUUACUUUGGUUGCUGUCAUCGUUAUUGCAGCGGAUAGAAAACUGCAUUAUUUCACUUUCUAUCCUUUGAAGAACAUUUAAUCCGAAGGCAACAGUCAAACUUGAGCGAUUCACAACUUUCAUUGUAAAUUCAAGACUGCACUUAAUUAAAAUAUAUUUUAUGUAAUACAAAUAGAUGUAUAGUUAAGGCGCACAUGCUCAACUGGAACAGUUUCCGCACAUGCGGUAUUUGAAAUAUAAACGACUUCUGUGCAGAGACUGUUUCAGAUGAGAAUAGUUAGAUCUAUAUAAAGUCCACCAUUACGGUGGUUGUGUUAUAACAUUACAUCUGGUUUUGUCUGAAUUUGUUGACUUUGGCGUUUAUUUUCUCCGGUGGUUUAUUAAAAGUAGGUAACUUUUUUGUUGAGUGUAUAACAAAUUUUUUCAUAAUACAUGGAAAGGUGUUUGUUGUUUUUCUGUAUUUUUUUCCCCAGAUGUCUUUUUUUUAUAUAGUUUUGGGAACAAUAUACCCACCUUAUAACUUACCAUAUACGGAUCGAUCUUACUUAACCAGGGAAACAUUUUCAUUCCCCACAUUUCGAUAUUACUUUCUGGAAUAUUUAAUUCCUUUGUGGCCAAUAUUUGUUUAUUUUUCAUUUUAUUCAUUGAUUGUUUUACUUGUAAAUUUCAAAACAAAGUUACGUAACAAUCAUUCUAACAAUCCAUGCUUUCUAUUAAGUAAUUCUCUCAAAUAUUGAAGGGGAUAAGGUCUGUGAUCAUGGUAAUUGCAGUAUAUUUGGCGAGAAACAUGUACUAAUACACCUUUGUAUAUAUAUACGCCACAACAACCAAGGUCAUUGAUCUUGUCCGUUUUUGUACGAACACAUAAUACUGGUUGUAUAUUCUCGUCACCCAUGUCUGUAUGCCCGCAUAUGCGAUUUUCGCUCAUUGCAUCAUUAGUUGUUGUCCUUGACCACGUUUUAGUGUCUGGUAAAAAGAAAUUACACUGCGACUGUACAGACGACUUCGCUCCGGAACCUAUCUUUAAAAGUAGAGAUGGUCAUUGAAGAGGAUUCUGAAUUACUAUUAUAGCCACGUAAAUAACCCAAAGUAAUUAGUUUUAAAAUAUUGCACUUAAAUAAUAGGACAGUUCUAUUUUUAUAGCAUAUUUGUGUUGAUUAUAAAAUUGUGUAAUAAAUGUUUUUCUUUAGUUA